AUUUUCAGGUAAUUGUAUGAGUCACAUGUGCACGAUUUCAAUUCAAAAGGAGGAAUAUCAUGGGAUUGCACACAAAAUCAACCUUAUCAAUUGAUAGCCAAGUCAAAAGAAACCACCCUCUUUCUGUGGCCUUCAAAAAGGAGGAAUGAACCCAACCUUCCCAAAUGCCGAUCCAAUUCCUUGGGUUAAGAAACCAAUCAAAACAUGAAGCACCUGCACGGGAAACUAAUUCUCACACUGCUUGCAGUUCUCAUCUUCCCUCUCUGCUUCGAUCCAAAUGAAGCUGCAAAAACUGGAGGCAAGCACUUUGUGCUGGUUCACGGGGCGUGUCACGGAGCGUGGUGCUGGUACAAGGUGGCGACAUCGCUGAGAUCGUCCGGCCACAAUGUCACGGCGAUCGAUUUGGCCGCUUCCGGCAUCGACCCAAUUCAGGCUAGCUCGCUUCGAUCGAUUUCCAACUACUUCAAGCCCCUAAGAGAUGUCAUGGAAGGUCUAUCUUCACAGGAGCGAGUGAUCCUUGUUGGCCACAGCUUGGGUGGAUUGGCUCUUUCUCAUGUGAUGGAGAGAUACCCAAAGAAGAUUGCAGUUGCUGUGUUUGUCAGUGCCAUGAUGCCUGGCCCAAUACUUAAUGCCACUACGGUAAACUCGGAGGUAUUCAGAAGAAUAGGUUCUCUUGGAGACAGCCGCUAUAGCUAUGACAAUGGGCCAAACAACCCUCCGACCGCCUACACGUUCGGCCCGAUGUUCUUGGCCUCAAGGGCCUAUCAACUCAGCCCAAUUCAGGAUUGGACGCUGGCCAACACGUUGAUGAGACCGCAACGCUUGUUCAGCGACGAGGACCUGACGAGGGAAAUAACGUUGUCCGACCGGAAUUACGGGUCUGUCCGAAGGGUUGCUGUUAUAUCCGAGGAUGAUAAGCUGGCUGACAAGGACUUAAUGCUGUGGAUGAUCGAGCGUAAUCCACCGGACCAAGUGCUGGAGAUCAAAGGGUCAGAUCAUAUGGUCAUGAUGUCCAAGCCCACGCAAUUGCUGGCCCUCCUUCAAAACGUUGCCAAUACUACCCAUUACUGAUAUGUUCUGGGCCUGUGGCCUCCGACAUAUUCUUGCUUAGCGUUUAUUUUCUGGAUGCGAAUAAGAUUUCCAUAACGUAAGGAUCUGUUCUUGUAUAGGGUGGAUUAAUUAUGGAAAUCCCACAUGCACAUGAUCGGAUGUGGAUAUAAACAAUGGGCUUAAUCAAAGCUCGAUACAUAUUAUCAUAUUAUACAUAUGUGCUAGUGCCCUCCACAAUAAUGACAGUUUAUUGUUCAUGCA